AAAUAAAAUGCUAUGUAGCUUGAUCAACUGUGUUUGUUUUUAAAAUUGAAGACAUUUUUAUUAAUGAUUAAAAGCCUGUUAAGUUCCAGAGUCUUUGAAAGAACAUUUUGAUAAAAUGAAGUUUCAAUCUAUAAUAGUUUUUUUUGCUGUUUUUAAUUUGGUUUUGUCGAAAUGGGUGUCAAAAAUGGAAAAUAAACACUUAUUCGAAGGAGACAUGAAGUUGGAUCCUGAAGAAAUGUCUGGAUUGAAUAACAAAUUUGCUAGUAGUAUAGGUCGUCUAUGGCCUAACAAAAUUGUGCCAUUUGAAAUUAUGGGGAUAGGCGCAAAAGAAAAACAAAAUAUAACGAAAGCCAUUGAAGAAUAUCACAAACACACUUGUCUAAGAUUUGUUGAAAGAAAGAGAGAAUUUCCCUAUGUAUAUUUCUAUCCUGGAACCGGGUGCUCUUCGCCGGUUGGCUACAGUUCCAACAGGCUUAAUGAUAUUGCUUUGUCUGACGGAUGCUACAACAUUGGUACAAUCAUGCAUGAAAUUGGACAUACAAUUGGUCUAUUUCAUGAACAGAGUCGACCAGACCGUGAUAGCUAUAUUAAAAUAAAUUGGAACAACAUUGAACCAGGAAAAGAUUUAAACUUCAAAAUACAAACCAUCAACAAUGUCGAUAGUUUGGGAACGCCAUACGAUUAUUUAUCAAUUAUGCAUUAUCCAUCCACAGCGUUUGGUGGAGAUAAAAUAACUAUUUCCACAAUUGAUAAAACAAUGCAAAACCUUAUUGGCAACCGAAACGGUUUUAGCGAUAUAGAUAUAAAGCAAAUUAACAUUUUGUACAGUUGUCCAGGGUAUUCCAAAUGUCAAGACUACGACAAUAAUUGUGUAAAAAAGGCCAACGCUGGAGAAUGCACCAAGAACGCAACUUACAUGUCAAUAUAUUGCGCAAAGUCAUGCAAUAAAUGCAAAGCAUAAUUUAAUUUUCAAAUUUUAGAGAAAUUAAAAAAAUAAAAUUAGAAUAAAAA